GAAAUUCAAAGUUACUCUAAAGUGAGUGAUUUGGAAUUUUAAAAAAAUUGCGAAAAUGAAACACCUCAAGUUUCCACGUUACUCCUUAAAUAAUCUGACAUAAACUAUUUCUAAUAUGAUAAAAUUAGUGAAUUGUCAGUAUAAUUUAGAUAACUUAUUUAAUAAUGGCAACGUGAGUUUGAAUAUUUAAAUAAUUCAUAUUUUAAGUAGUCAAAUAGGCAAUUAGUAGUUUUAAAAAAAUGAAUAAUUCAACGUGGUUCUUUUUGUUGAUAUUGUUUGUGGUGAAAAUUCUCGCCGAGGAUCCAUUGAAAGCAUCAGAUACCAUUGUUAUACCUCAAAUACAUACAUUUAAGAUACCUAAUACGAAUUAUCGGGUUCAGAGUUCGCCGGAAGAGGAUCAAGACUUGACUCACCUUAAUUGGAGUACACUUGUUGAAGACUUAGACUUGUUUAAUACCAAAAUCCUAGCAGAAAAUUGGUCUGAAAAUAAGGACCAAAAUGUGGACAUACAGUGCGCGAAGGAUAUUACGAGAUAUAUUGAAGGACUUCAGAAGAAAGAAAAAUGGGCUCUCAAGGCCGAAGAUUCAUCUGGCAGAUUUACAAAUAGCUUUUUCUGGGGUAAUUCCUACUUUACUGGAUCCGCAACUGAAUGCACCUACAUCGGUUAUGAUUACACAAAGAAAAAUUACAAGUUUGCAUCAUCGAGCCAGUUAUUAUCACCAGACAGUGAAGUUGAAAAUGCUAAAGUCGACUUGAAAAAGAAAAUAAACAUUGGGUUCUCUGGAAGUCAAGUAUUAUCUCCUGAUAUUCCUGAUGAUCCUCCUUAUAAACUUGGCUUUUUCAUGAUGACUAUUUUGUUAAAUAAUACCAUAUUAGCUCCUAUUCCUAAAACAAUCCAUUUAGGUGUUUGUCUUCCAUUCUCUUGUACAUCAAAGGACAUUUACACGAUUGGAAAAUUAGCAGUGAAUGAUGUAGCGAAAAAACAUUCUUUCAUUGAGAAAGUACGAGAUCAACAUAAUCCGUAUGAUUUUUAUUCUGACAAUGUCUUUUGGAUCCUUGUUGGGAGCAGUAUCAUCGUCCUUGUGUUAAUGGCAGUUGGAACUGCUUUGGAUUAUUACCUUCUGUAUACUGCAACGAAACGUCGAGAAGCUACUAUUUAUGACUUAGAGAAACAUUCGAAAAUACGUCAAACAAUAAUAGAUAAUCAUAAAUUAUCAAAUGGUGAAGCAAUAAAUGCCAUCACAACAUCAAUGAACAACAAUAUCAGUGAUAAUAACAACAAUGAUGAUGAGGAUGAUGAUGAAAAAAAUAAAAUAAAAAGUAACGGCAAAAUUACUGUUCGUCCAGGAACUUCUGUUAAUGAUGAAGAAUUGAGUGUUUUCAAGGAAUUAUUGCUAUCAUUUUCAGUCAGAGAAAACAUGAAAACAAUUUGUGACCCAUCUGUUGGUAGAGAUACAAUCAGUACGAUUCACGGUCUCCGCGCAAUUUCUAUGGCUUGGGUUAUUCUCGGUCACACAUGUAUCGUGAUCUUCAAGUAUUCCGACAACAUGGAAUACCGCAAAAUUGUUGAAAAAAAUUUCCUCUUUCAAACAAUAACCAAUGGAGUUUUUAGCGUAGAUACUUUUUUCUUUAUGGGCGGUUUAUUAGUCGCUUUUUUAUUUUUCCGUACAAAUGCGAUGGGAGAUUUAAAUAAAUUAACUCAAGGUACUGAUGGUUUUGUUGCUGGCCUUCUUAAAUUCAUAGGAUUGCUGUUAUAUCGAUUCUGCAGACUUACUACUCCAUAUAUGUUUAUUUUGGGUGUUGUUCAAGUUACGAUGAAAUGGUUCCAUGCUAAUUCUGUCUUUGAACCACCCACAGCUGACCAUGAAAAUUGUCCAAAUUAUUGGUGGAGAAAUUUAUUAUACAUCAACACGCUAUUUCCAGUUGAUCAGAUGUGCAUGAUAUGGAGUUGGUAUGUAGCAGAUGAUACCCAAUUUUAUGUUAUUGGAGCAGUGAUUCUCGUUAUCGCAACAAAUCAUUUUAAAAUCGCUGGACUUCUUGUCACAGCGUUGCUCAUAAGUUCUUGGCUUACGACUGGAUAUAUUGCAUUAGUUAAUAAUCACAUGCCUAGCUUGGAUGAUCCUCUAGCUCUUUUUGAUAAAAUUUAUGAUAAACCUUGGACUAGACUUGGUCCAUAUCUCAUUGGAAUGUCUGUUGGCUAUCUUCUUUUCAAGACUGACUGUAAAAUUAAGAUGUCCAAGGCAACAGUGGUAGUUGGGUGGCUUCUUUCUUCAGCUUGUCUUUUAAGUUUAAUUUAUGGUCUUUAUGAAGCUGAACUUUCUCCAGUAACAGCUGCUGCUUAUUCUUCACUGAGUCACAGUGCAUGGGCAUUAGGACUUUCCUGGAUUAUUGUCGCAUGUAGUACAGGAUACGGAGGAUGGAUAAAUGAGAUUUUAUCAGCACCAAUACUCUAUCCAUUCAGCAGAGUGACUUAUUGUGUUUACCUAGUUCACCCUAUUAUUAUUCGAUUGACUGCAAUGCAUUUGGAUUCUCCGUUUCACCUGGGAAUAGACACUGUUGUUAUAACUUUUAUUGGACAGUUAGUACUUUCGUACCUUGUUUCUUUCGUAGUUUCAUUAUGCUUUGAAGCUCCGGUAGUUAGUAUGCUCAAGAUUCUUUCUCCAAAAAAAAAGAAACGAAUCCAGUGAUAUUUUUUAAGAUAAAAUGAAAUAAGUAAAUAACUCUGUAACUUCUAAAUUAAU